UUUCUGAGCAAACAUCUCUCUGUCAAUCAGCGAUUCCAGAAUGUAUCUGAAGAAGACUGCAUGAGAAAAGACAAUGGGAUUUGUCCUUGGUUACGAUGUUUCAGCAUGUAGACACCACUUACUCGACCAACCCGUCCUUGGAGAGGAAUUACGCUGGAUUACAGAUCAUCCCUCCUGCAUUUCCCCAACAGCCAACUAUAAUUCAGCUGCUUCCAGGAGAUUUCAUCCCUCCUCUGUCUCAUCCAAUCAGACAUGGACGUGCUAAAGAAGAUUUAAUAGAACUGAUGAUGAUACAGAAUGCACAGAUGCAUCAGGUUAUUAUGAACAAUAUGACAAUGUCAGCAUUGUCCAGCUUUGGAUAUGGCACAACUCAAACCGUCCCAAUGCCUAAUGUGGUUCCAGUUCAAGUUGAUGAGGAUGAGCCUAUUGUGUAUCAUCAUCAUUAUGAAUCAUACCCAGGAAACUACAUGACCUAUCCAGCAUAUCCUACAUUACCACCACCAGCACCCAUGCCACAUCAAGAUCCAACCAUCAGACACUUAAAUCUGGAUAUGCAACCCGUCUCACCCACACGCAACAUAGACCAACGGGCUGUACCACCUCCUCCACCGCUGAGUGCUACAAGCACUGUUGGAGCGGACAUCCCUCCAGCUUCAGAGUACUACGACUUGACUGAAGCUCAAAUAUAAGAUCACCAGGACCAGCCUAGAACAUAGAGGACUAUAAACAAAAAUGUAGUGUUACUGCACUGGUGCAGACCAGAAUUCAAUAGGACAAGCUUAUUACAUCUGUAAAAGCAAACACUGAACUAAGAGUGGAAAAUAACCAUAAUACUAUAUUGUGUGGCGGCACACACACCAGUUUUCUAAAAUCUGCUAUUAUCCUUUUUUUUAUUUAAUUUUUUUACUUUUUUUCUUAAUUAAAAUUCCCAUCCAGCUUCUUUCCCCUUUUCUCCAUGGUGUGAUGGUUACCCGAUAACCAUACGCUAUUUCAUUUUUCUUUGCCCAUCUUCUCUUUAGCUAUUAUAUUAAUAUCUGUGUCUUUGGAACCUACUUCCAAGCUGCAUCAAUAGUACAUAUUCAGUCUGUAUUUUCAAUGUGUAAUGUGUUAAUAUUUUAUACAGUGAAUGUCUGAAUGCCAUUUAAAAAAUUAUUCUUUUUUUUUUAAAUAUAUGUUAGUUCAUGUUAUGAGUGUGUGUUUUUACAAAAUGUUAUAUAUAUAUAUAUUUUAUAUCUAUGUCAUUAAUAUAUGAUUAUGAUAAAGUCACCUGUUGCUUCCACCUCAGGUAGACAGUCUGUGUGUGGGUUAAACUACUACUUGCAUAACACCCAUCAUUU